AUGCAUGAAAACCCAGUCCAAAAAGCGUUUGAUGAAAUUGAGAGCAGGAAUGGAUGGCCUGUGCAUUACCAGAAAUUGGAGGUAAUCAGCCAGAACCUGUCAUGCAAUGCAGCAAGAAGCCCUUCUAAUAGGAGCUUGAAUCGAUACCGCAAUGUGAGUCCAUAUGACCACAGUCGUGUUUUUAUCUGCACUGGUCCCACAGAUUAUAUUAAUGCUAACUAUGUCAAAGUCCCUGAGGCCAACAGGACAUACAUCCUCACUCAAGGCCCAUUACCGCAAACAGUGGGACAUUUCUGGCUCAUGGUCUGGGAGCAGCAGUCUAGGGCCAUUGUGAUGCUAAAUCGUGUCGUAGAAAAAAAUCAGAUCAAGUGUCAUAAGUAUUGGCCAAGUGUGGGGGAAGCAAGCCUCUUGUUUGAUGAUGUUGGGAUCACAGUGACACAUGUAAAAGAAGAGGACUACAAGUUUUACACUUUGCGUACAUUCAGUUUGGGUCGGCAAGGGGAAGAGGGGUCACAGGAAGUGCUUCAGUUUCACUAUACAACAUGGCCUGACUUUGGUGUACCUGAGUCACCAACAACAUUCCUACAAUUCUUGGAACAUGUGAGGCAGAGUGGGAGCCUCUGCUCUGAUGUUGGCCCGGCUGUGAUUCAUUGCAGUGCGGGGAUUGGACGCUCAGGGACUCUUUGCCUAGUGGAUUCAUGCCUCGAGUUGGUGCACCUCAAUGGAAUUGACUCUGUCGAUGUGGAUCAGUUGCUUCGGAAGAUGAGGACUUUCCGUAUGGGCCUUAUUCAGACCCCAGACCAGUUACGCUUUUCCUACCUUGCCAUCAUACAAGGCUGUGAGGCAUUACAUAAAGGGCUGAGCAUUAGUUCUGGAAGUCCAGCAGUGAAGAUGCGACCAAGGGCCAGAGAAUUGGGAAGAGAUAUGGAGGAUGAGGAAAAUCCACCUCCCCCACCACCUCGAGUGGAUUCCCUUGAACAGCCUAUCUCAGAUGGAAAUAUUUUAUUGAAUGGGAAUUCAUUACCUACCAGAGACACGAGUGGAAGUGAUGACUUGAUGAACAUCCGCAAGCGAGAAAGGGAGAAGCGACGGGAGAAGACAUCACAGUUGGUCACUGACAUCCGUAAGAAGCAGAAGUUGACUGAAGAGAAAGCAGCAAUGAAAAGGCUCCUAUUCCACCCAUAUCUCUUGACUGUUGGUGGUGUAAUUCUUGGACUUGCCAGCAUAUAUGCUCUGCAGAGUUGGUCUGCAAGAGUGUGA